AUGGACCUGUUUCACGAUAAGAAGGUGUUGGUUACAGGGGGCGCUGGUUUUAUAGGAACGUGCUUGUUACAACACUUUCUAUCAAAAUACCCACACAUUUACUUUGUUUGUGUUGACAAACUAAACUACGCUAGUAAUGUUGAAGAAAUAAAAAGGUUUUCGAAAAGCUUCAAAAACUUUCGAUUUUGCCACCUUGAUUUGUCGCAAGACCUCCAAGAGGUGAUUAACCUCGUCAGAGAUUUUGGUAUUACAGACAUAAUCAAUCUUGCUGCUGAGUCGUCUGUGGAUAGAUCUUUUCUAGAUCCGGUGCUAUUCACCAAAAACAAUGUGAUUGCUACGCAGAAUUUGCUCGAGUGUCUCCGCCUUUUGCUGCCGCAAAUUAAUUACUUUUUGCACAUGUCAACAGACGAAGUGUACGGGGAGACACAAGUUGCUACCGAGGAAUCUGCAUUAAAUCCUACAAACCCUUAUUCGGCGUCCAAAGCUCUGGCAGACUUGCUCAUCCAAGCAUAUAAACAGUCCUUCCGGUUACCUAUAACGAUUAUCAGGCCAAAUAACGUGUUUGGGCCAAACCAAUUUCCAGAAAAGUUGAUUCCGCUAGUAAUGCAAUGCGGUCAAACUGGCAAAAAAGUACCGAUUCAUGGAACUGGAAAAAAUAAGAGACUGUUCUUGUACAUUUCAGAUUUGCUCGAUGCAAUAGAAAUGUUGUUCUUUGAGCAUAGAGUUGAGAGUGUGGGCGAGAUUUACAACGUUGGACACAAUGAAGCAAGCUUAAUUGAAAAUAGAGAAGUUGUCCAUCAAAUAAAUGAAAUCUUUGGGUUUUCAGUAGAUAUUGAAUAUGUUCGAGAUCGCAAGUACAAUGACAAGUUUUACUCAAUGAACACAUCAAAGAUUUACUCUUUGGGAUGGACGCCAAAGGUUUCUUUAAGACGAGGAUUGCAACUAAUAAAAGAGUCACAGAGCUAUGGAAAUGCAAAACAAGAAUAA